CCGGGCCGGGCCGCGAUGGACGGCCCGAGCGGGGGCUGCCCGCCCGCCGCCGCCGCCCCGUCGCGGCUGAAGCCGCCGCUGAGCAUCGUCUUCUCGACGGCGCUGUUCUGCGGGGAGGGCGCCGCGGCCGCGGCCCUCUGCUUCUCCUACGGCCACUCCGACGACCGCUUCUGGCUGGCGCUCACCGUCUUCUUCGUGCUAUGCCCCUCCGUGCUGGUGCAGCUCACCCUCAUCUUCGUGCACCGCGACCUCAGCCGCGACCGCCCCCUCGUCCUGCUCAUGCACCUGCUCCAGCUCGGGCCGCUCAUCAGGUGCGUGGAGGCCCUGGUGGUGUACUGCUGGUCGGGGAAGGAGGAGGAACCCUACGUCACCAUCACGCGCAAGAGGCGGCUGCGGAAAGGCUAUGAGGUGGAGAUGGAGCAGGAGGUGGGCCACUCGGCCCGCCGGCUGGCCACCCACCGCAACGCCUUCAAGCGCAUGGCAGUCAUCCAGGCCUUCCUGGGCUCCACGCCACAGCUCACGCUGCAGCUCUACAUCAGCGUCCUUGAGAAGUACGUCCCACCUGCCCGAGCCGUCCUCAUGGGGAUCUGCCUGGUGUCCGUCACCUAUGGGGCACUCAUCUGCAAUGUCCUGGCCAUCCAGAUCAAGUACGACGACUACAAGGUUCAGCUGCGGCCGCUGGCCUUCCUCUGCAUCGUGCUGUGGCGCAGCCUGGAGAUCUCCACCCGCGUGGCCGUCCUCGUGCUCUUCGGCACCGUCUUCAAGCACUGGGUCAUCCCCAUCGCCCUGGCCAACCUGCUGGUGGUCUUCUUCCUGCCCUGGGUGCAGUUCUGGCGCAGCGGCACGCGGCUGCCCGACAACAUUGAGAAGAACUUCAGCCGGGUGGGCACGGUGGUGGUGCUCUGCGCCUUCACCCUCCUCUACGCCGGCAUCAACAUGUUCUGCUGGUCCGCCGUGCAGCUCAAGCUGGCCGACCGGGACCUCAUCGACAAGUCGCAGAACUGGGGGCGCCUGGCCGUGUACUACAUCGCCAGGCUGCUGGAGAACGCGGCCCUCGUCAUCCUCUGGUACUUCUUCAAGACGGACGUCUACGAGAACGUCUGCACCCCGCUCCUCGUGGUGCAGCUGCUGCUCGGCUACUGCCUGGGCAUCUACUUCAUGCUCCUCUUCUUCCAGUACCUGCACCCGUGCCGCCAGCUCUUCCACCACAACGUCGCCGACUUCCUGCACUGCGUGUGCUGCCGGCGGCGCGCGCCGGGCCGGCCGCUGCCCCUCGAAGCUCCCUGCGAGCCCGGCGUGAGGCACAGCAUCGUCUGAGCCGUGCCGCGGCGGGUGCCGCCCCGGGGACCCCCGCAUGUGCCGCUUCCCCUGCCGGGGCGCGGGCCGGUCGCGGACGGCGCCGGGCGGCCCGGGGUGCUGGGCUGCGCGUGCCGUGGGGCCGUGCGAGCGGUGAAGACGCCUGGCCACGGCGCCGAGUCCACCCCUGGGGACGAGCGGACGCGCAGGGCAGCACCGCGGCGGGCGCGCUGGCCCCGAGCCCGGCUGGGACCCGUAUGGCGGGGGCACCGGAGGGUGCUCAGCCCCAGAGGGUCAGCACUGCCGCAGCGAGGCCGGGGUGGUUACUCACCCUUGUAGGCUUUUUCCAGGAAAGGGAGGACGUCGAGGGCAGUGGGGAGGCUCGUGUGUGCGGAGCGGGACGGGCGCGUGACUCCCUCCCCGCACCUCCAGCCACCAGGAAGUUUCUACCUGAAAAAGGCCUGUUUUGUGCCAAAAUGCUGCAAUGGAAAAAAAAAGGGAGGGAAGGAGGAGGGAAGGAGGAGGGAAACCCACCCGCCUGGGGCACCCGUGCCCCAAGCAUCUCACCCCCGCGCUGCGGCGCCGGAGGUGCCCGAGGCCGCGGAGGAGCCGUGUCCCCGCACCCGUCCCCUCGGGGCGGGGGCUGCCUGCGACCCUCCCGGCGUGGAGGGAGCGGGGCGCGGGGGGCCGCCCGGCCGAGAGGAGGAGGAAACGAGCUUGGCUGCAGGUGCGGGAAGCUGGGAGGGCCGCAGGUGCGGGGGAAGAGGCGCCGCCGCCUUCCUGGAGCGCGGCUGCGGGAACCGCUCGGCAUUUCCUCAAAGGCUCCAGGGAAAGCCCCGGCAGCCGCCCGGGAGCCAUAAAGGCGGCGGCGAGGAGCGCGGCGCUGCCAGCAGCAUGGGGAACUGGCUGGUGAACCACUGGUUUUCAGCCGCCGUGAUUGUGAGUGCCGCGGGGACGGGCGGGUGCAGCCGCGGGGGUCUGCGCGCGACUUCGGGGCAGCCGCGGCUGCGGCCCGGGGGCUCUCGGGGACGAGCCCCGGCUGACGCGCUCCGCCGGCUCUGCGCUUCGCGAGUCCACUGCCCGGCGCUCGCUGCGGGGAGGAACGAGGAGCUCUGCAGCCCUCGGCCGGGAGGGGGGAGCCCGGGAAGCCGGGGGGCAGGUUGGCCCCCGUGUUAAGGGAACCUGGAUUAAAAGAAAAUGCGGCUCCGUGUGUUCAGGCUGCUGGGCGAAA